AAGAAAAUCGUCUUCGACAAUGUAAGCUUUCAAAAUAUUCAAGGAAAUAACAAUGAUUUUAGUAUGCACGAAGAGAACUUCUUAAGGUACUCAUGUCCAACGAAAACUUCAGCUAGCUGACUUUUAAUUAAUGAGAGAGAAUGAUGCAGCUUGACAUGAUCUAAUCAUGGAUGACCGAUUAUAUGGCACUCUUGGACGUCAUGGUUUGGCUUCGAGCAACUCCUACUUAGAUGGGGUGCCUUUCAAGAUCGGGCAGAAUUUCAAACAGCCAGCAAAGACUGUUGCACCUCCGGAGCUUUCAAGAACAAAUUCUCAGAGGGUAUUAAAUGUCGAGUAUACCUUUGAGACAGAAGAAGCUGUGCUGGCCUGGGCUAAAGCAAGAGAUGAGGCUUUGCAGAAGGCAGCCAAAGAACAGGCAGAGAAAGCUGAGCAGGCUGAACAGGAACAGAAGCGUCUGGAGGCUGAGGCCGUGGCUGCUGCUUCCUCAAGCCAAAAGCAGACAGAUGGAGCUAUCUCUAAAGAGGACUCGAAUGCCUCUGUGUACGAUGUUCCGAAAAGCACACCAGUCAGUGGAAUUGAAAGAGCUCGGCCCCGAGUGCCUCCCAAACCCCCUGUUGCUGCUCCGAGGACCAUGUCUGAGCCUGGCAUGAUUUUAAAACCAAUCCCAAUUCAGGCGACUGCAGCGAGUAAGUCUCACUCGUCUAAUGUGAUGAAUGAUGGUCAGUCUGCUGACAAUUCGGAAUUUGAUGUUUCAAUGUUUGAACAAGAGGCAGAUCCCUUUGAGAAUUUGGAGUUGCAAACCAUCAACGACAUGGAGGAAUUGAAAGUAUUAUUAGAUUCGUCAAAACCGAUUCCUGCGCCAAGAAAGAAUAGUAGUGUCAGCCGUCAACAAAGUGCUAACACUGAGGUGUCUGAGGCUCCGCCAGCAACCUGUGACAAUGUUGAUGGUACUGAAAGCAUAUAUGAUGUUGCUACUGUUGUAAAGGAAAAUAAAUGGGUGACUUUUGAUAAUGAAGAAAACAUUCAUAAUUGUAGCAGCAAGAAUGAAGAUCUUAAAUCACAAAGCUUUAAAGAUGAAUUAGUUGCACGGGAAGAUGGGGAGUAUGUUGAAAUAACAGACUUUAAGCAGCAAACGAGUAAAAAUCACACUGUGAAUGGUGUUAAUAAAAAUGUCACCCUGCCUGGGGAAUCAGAUAGUGUUGAGGCCUCCUUGGGUGGCAAACUGCCUCCUAAUUUGGCAAGCAGUAAGUUGUACAAACCUGUUCUACCGCCUAUACCUGGCCCGCACAGGCUUAAUGGAAACUGUGAUAACCCAAAGAGCUCUGCAGAGCAGAACUCAUCGUUUCUUUCAAACUCGUUUAUGCCUCAACCUUCUCAGUCCUUGAACCCUUUUCUUCAAGGUGCUGCUGAGUCGAAAAACCCCUUUGCUACAAACAAUCCUGCAGAUUCUGGAGUGAAAAAUCCAUUUGCUGCAACUAGCGCCUCCUUAAACCAGACCCCUACGCAAGGGCAAAUUGUUGGUCCAAGUAAAUCUUCAGGUCGUCCACUGCGCACCCCACCUCCUGUUCCCAGCAAGCCAGAUGUGUCAAAUCGACCUGGAAGUGAUUCAUUUCGGAUGUGGUCUUCAGUUGGGCCGUCUCUAGCUGCCUCGCUAGAUGAUUCUAGUGUUAGGUCCCCAGCACCGAUGAAGAACCCGUACAGUCGACACAGUGUGUCUACCACCGAUCUACAGACUAGUGGCAGAGAGUCUGAUCUGUUCAGAAAGUCCCCUGCAUUAGAUCCCCUUCCUUCUUCUUCACCACGGUCUGGCCAGGUUCAUCUCACCAAAGAUGGUUGUUCGUUCAAAAGCUUUGACUCUGAUGAGUCCAAGCCUCUGAACAAAAUGAGACCUUUACCACCGCCCCCGUCCCCGUCACCUAAACCUGAAGUAUAUAAGGAGAGCCAACUCCCCACCAGCCCACCUGUUGGUCUGACUGAUCCGUACCACAGUUUGUCCCGCGAGGCGCAGGCUUUCACCGACAGCCUGACAUCCAUGGGCUUCCUCAAGGCUCGGGUUGCCAGGGCUGUUCAGAAGUUUGGUCAGGACCAGAAAGAGGUUUUGGACCAUUUGUUUGCUGUGGAUAAGCUGGUAGCAAUGAAAUAUGCCCCAGUACUUGUGGAGUCUACGCUAUACACGCUAAAAAACGAUGUAGAAAAGGCUGAGAACUUUUUAAAAAUGCUGGAUCAGUUUGAGGAACUUGGUUUCAAGCGGGAAUCCAUCCAGGAAGCUCUUGUCACUGCCGAUAUGGACCGCGAGAAAGCUCUGGACCUGCUCACAGGCUAGAGGGGCACACCAAGAACGUGUUCACUACCUAUGUAUAAUCUGUACUCGAACAAUGCUGUUCCAUAAAGCAUAUGGAGUUCUAUUAUGUAGAGGAACACUCAGAUUAUAGUGGUGAUGAUUCAUGAUUUGGGCCGAAAGCCAGGCUGUUUGACUAAAUUAGUUGAUUUGUCAAGUCCUGGGAUUUUGCGGCAUCAAGGACAUGUCCGUCUUCAUUUGUGCUUCCUCUCCCUCCACUCCUCCAGACAUAGUAAAGCUGACAGAUUGUUUAUUUUCAAUAAGCAAACUGCCUUCACCACCAGGUCCUUGCCUUUCCCGGUAAUUUCCAAUCUGCCAGUUUGCUCCAUUACAACUUACAAAGUGAAAUAAGAAAGGGAAAAUAUCUUUCUGUGAAAAGUCAUUAAAGCCUUUGUCUAGAUUCAAAUUUAACAAACUGACUGUUGUGGAUUUUACCUUGAUGGGAAGGAAAUCAUCUCUAAUCCGCUUGAUAUUAAAGCAGAUUGUGUUACUCUGUAAAGUAAAAACUGAAUUUAGUCACUUUGAAGUGUGAUAAUUGACUCACUUGCCAUAUGAACUAAGCAACUAAAUCAAAUGCGUGUAUGGACACUGGUGGAUACAGUACAUAGUAAAUUUAAAUGCUCAUGCCUUCAGGACAACUAUGCUAUAAUGUGCUUGGUUUCCAUAUGUGUAGAGAUGUCUUUCUUAUUUUAACAAAAGUAUCACUUUGUUUACAGUCCUUCAGAAUGUCUUUCCCAUGAGCUUAUUUGGUAGAGCAUAGCAGUUAAAUCAUAUAUGUAUUUUUUAAAAAACCAAUGAGCAGGAUAAUGUUUAAAGAACGAAGGUCAGUGACUUCAGCAGUCAACAUGACAUGUUUGAUAAAUAAAAAUCUCCCCAAAAACUCUUUGGGAAAGGGGGCAUGAGUAUGUUUACUUCAGGUCCUCUUGCACCCUUCAAUGUGUUGUGCCUCGCUCAUGAUCACAUUUUUACUUGAUCACUUUUGUUUUUGUAUCUUCUCCCCUUUUGUUGUGCUUCUUUUUCUUUUUUCCUUAAAGACCUUUACAGUACCUUAAUUUAUUUUGCCCUUUGUGGACUUCUCAAGUUGAAUUCAUGUGGCAGGUGUAGUCGUACGCCAGUAUAAGCUCAGGUUUCAGACACUGUGAAACUACUGGUCUUAAGAUUGAGUUUAUGAGCAGCACCUGCACUUCUGACUAACCAGCCAAUAGCUGGCUGCUGUACAAAAAUAGUUUACCUGCAAGAACUCACUCUAGGACCCAUGUGGUUGGUUGAUUGACCUUUGCACUGUAAUCUGGGGGUGGGUGGGAAGGAAAAGUGGAUAAAACAACAAAUAUUUCAAGAAGUGGUUUGUGUACUCUUGUUAUAAUGUCCAAAUGUAAACCUAUUAGACUGCCAGCAUUGAUGUGUGUCUAUAGUGUUUACAGUUACUGCCAUCAGUGUAAAACAUUUGAACUGUGGAAAGAUGAAUGAAGUCAUGGGGUCAUGGUAAAGCAGUGAACAGGGAGGGUCAGUGCAUUGCCUGCUCUACCAAUUAUAUUUCCAACACACAACACUUUCUCCAGCUAUAACUGGUAUUCAGAAUUCUUUGCUUUGGCAAGUUGACUUCUCAAAGAGAGCAGGCAGGAAAUCUUUACUCGACUCAAAUGAUGCCUCUCCAACUGGUCAGGAAUCUUUAGAUUUCAAGUUUGGGAAUUUAAAAGCAAGUCUGGUACUUAUGCUGGAUGUAUUUGCUAUACCUCUCGCAUAAAUCCAUCCGAAAGCCCGCUUGAUUCAGCUUUGCUUCGUCCUAAAAUGCUUUUGAUAUAUAGAUUGUAUGUGUCACGACUUGGUAGAAUCAGGUGUUUGUCAAUUUUUGGGCAUGUAGAGUUUUCGGUAUCAUCUUAAAGCUUGUUAAUUUGAUUAUCUCUUGAUGAAAAAAAUACACAACUAUCUUGAAUAGAAGUCUAGAUAUUGGCAAAUGAAGGAGAUGGGUGUGCCCUGGUUUCAGCGAUAACAUUACCGAGAAAAUGGCCGCCAACGUUAGUUGAUUUCCAAAGCUUGAGAGUCCGUUGAAACUGAAAAUUUGUAUUUGUUGUGCCUUUAAAUAUUUUCCUGUAAAAUCUACACA